UCAAAUUUCAAAAAACUAACCUAACCUUUGGAGGAUAUGAUGAUAAAUCUUAGGGAUUUUAGAGAAUUAAAAUCGCACCAGCCAAAGUCUUUCAAUUUUGUCACAGCCGAUGUGCCUGUAAAUGCAAAAACACGUUAGGAUAAGCUGCGGUGUGUACACACUUAUGUUCAUGGACACUCUCACGCAUUGACAUGACUCGGGUAUACCUGCCACAUAUUUUGCCUAAUUCUUACUCAUUAGAAAAUGACCAACUGGACGCUACAUACACAUGACGCACGUGUUUAUACUUGUUUGCAUUCAUUUUUCACCUAAGCUAGGGAUUCUCAAAUUCUUAUAAACACUGUACCCAUUUUAAUCAAUACAUUUUGUUGAUUACCCCAUUUUUAGUUACUAAACUAAAAUACAUAAAAAAAAAUUAAAGACUCUUAAAGAACCUUUUUCUUGUUGGUUUGUUGGCCAGACUCGUACCCCAUAAAACAUUUCGAGUACCCAGGGAGUACGCGUACCACAGUUUGAGAAUCCCUGAUCUAAACAACAUUAGAGACGAAAGUGAAUGUACUUUUAGUGGUUCAAUUAAAAAAUGUUUCAAAUAUUUUAAUACAUUCAAUAUUAAAAAAUGACAUAUUAAUGAAAUAAAAUAUUUUUAUCUUUCUGUCCACUAAGUGGCUGACUGAACUACCCAGUUUCUACUAAGUGUUCAACAUUAAGUAAUUUGAUUGAUAAUACAUUCACAAUUAUAUAUUAUGCAAUUUCAGGUUGAAAUUGUUUUUAGGUGUAUUUGUGGACGAGUAUUUGUAGUAUGUCGACAAAAGCAAGGCCAAGACAGCUAAAAUUAAAGUAUACUGCCGAGUAGUUAAGCUGCUGCUCACGGCUUAUCAUCUCGCACUCCUACUUAACCUUCCAGCGGGCGCGCUGUUGUAAAUUAUACAACAGUUUUACAUUUAUUUGUUUAUUCCAGUUUUAUUCUAUUUUUAUCUUAUCGGAGGUCAUGGGUGUUCCUCUGUUAUGUUAUUAUCUACGUUUUAGACUAUUUUUGAAGUGUUUCAGUUCACUUUAUUGCAGACAAUCGACGAAGUACUUAUAGUGUUGUCACAAAAUACAACACGCGCUAUUACGUGUACCUACGCCAAACACAAAACGCGUCGUUCGGUGUACGCGUCGUUCGUUGUACAUGACUUAAAAUUUGUAAUUUUUGUUUUUGUGUGGUAAUAAGAACAAAAAUAUGUAGGAUCAUAUGACAGUUGAGCAAAUUCAAAGUUUACUGCAAGACAUUAUAACUGAAAUAGACUGUGUAGAUGACCAAGAGAGUGAUAGUGAUCUAAGCAUCGAAGAUGUGGAGGUAAGUGACCACGAAAGUAAUUCUGAACAACAUUUUUCAGACAAUGAAUCAGAUCUAGAGACUAGUUUGGGGGACAGUACAUUCUAUAUAGGAAAAGAUAAAAUAACUAAAUGGCAACAAAAAGAGUUUACAACUUCAAAAAUUAGGCAACAUAAUAUUAUAAACGUAGUUAAUGGUCUAAAGGAGUGUGCUAGAAAUAUCGUUAGUGAGAUGGAUGCAUUUCUAAAAAUAAUUGAUGUUGACAUGAUUGACGAAAUCGUAAGGUGCACUAAUAUGUUUAUUAGUAAUAUGAGACAACGAGUUCAAUACUCUAGACCCCGAGACUGCUUAGAUACUUCAAGGUGUGAAAUACUGGCUUAUUUUGGACUUUUAUUUUUGAUUGGUGUAAAAAAAGCUCAUCAUGCUAAUGUAAAAGAAUUAUGUUCAGCGGAUGGUUCUGGUAUAGCAAUAACUAGGGCCACUAUGAGCUACAAAAGAUUUUUGCUUUUGUGUCGCUGCCUCAGAUUUGACGAGCGCGAAACUAGAGCUGAAAGACGGGCGAUUGAUAAACUGGCUCCUAUUCGUACUACAUUUGACCUUUACUUGAAUAAUAUCAAACAGAAUUAUAAUUUGAGUGAAUAUACUACUAUUGACGAAAUGUUACACCCAUUUCGUGGUCGGUGUCAAUGGAUAUAGUAUAUCCCAAGUAAACCGGCCAAAUAUGACAUCAAAAUGUUUGCAUUAUGUGAUGCAAAUACAUUUUACAUUAGCAAAAUAGAGAUUUAUGUUGGAAAACAACCACCUGGUCAGUAUGAGGUUUCUAAUUCACCAAUUGAUAUCGUGAAACCAUUAGUAACACCCAUCGAAAACUCUAAACGAAAUCUUACCACAGACAACUGGUAUACCAGUAUUCCACUUGCAGAUUACUUAAUACAAAAAAAAUUACUCUAACUGGAACUUUGAAAAAAAACAAACAAGAAAUACCUACAGAAUUUUUAACAGAUAAAAAAAAGAAGUUGGUUCGAGAGUGUUCGGGUUUCAAAAAAAUAAAACAUUAGUGUCGUACGUACCUCGAAAAAGCAAGGAAGUUAUUUUGCUUUCAACUAUGCACCAUGAUUCAAAAAUUGAUGUAGAAACUCUUAAACCAGAAAUAAUUAUGGAUUAUAAUUGUACCAAAGAAGUACCUAAUGAAUUGUCCUUUACAUCCUGGAUACUAUUAGAGAUCAAUUCUUGCCCAUUAAACUUAUUGUUGAAACAAGUUAAAGAGCGUAUAAAUGCAGUCAAU